AAGCGCCGGCUCGCCGAGCUUCAGGAGAAGGAGGAAGCGGACGUUGCGUCAGGACCGAGUUCCGGAAGGCCUCUCGUUCAGACUCGUGCACCACGCGCGCCUCAGUUCUCGAGUCAGCCUGUGACCGUUGUGGACGCCAUGGCCAAAAUCAAAGCCCGUGAUUUACGAGGGAAGAAGAAGGAAGAGCUGUUGAAGCAGCUGGAUGACCUCAAGGUGGAACUCUCUCAGCUGCGGGUUGCCAAGGUGACCGGUGGAGCAGCCUCCAAACUCUCAAAGAUCUGGGUGGUUCGCAAAUCCAUUGCCAGAGUGCUGACCGUCAUUAACCAGACCCAGAAGGAAAACCUCAGGAAGUUCUACAAAGGCAAGAAAUACAAGCCUCUAGACUUGCGGCCUAAGAAGACACGUGCCAUGCGGCGCAGGCUGAACAAGCAUGAAGAGGGUAUGAAGACCAAAAAGCAGCAGCGAAAAGAACGCCUGUACCCGCCUCGGAAAUACGCUGUGAAGGCAUGAGCCCGAACUGCAGCAUUCUGAUCCUCUGACCAGCAUUUUCCUAUUAAAGGUGUUUUGGCUGUUUAAAAAAAAAUUAAAAAGCAUUUUCACAGCGUU